CUGUGGAGGUUAAAUGUCUGAAGAAAACCCCCAAGAGUGCACGGAGCCGGUGGAGACAAAGGCUAAGCCCGCCCCAGAGAAGACGAGCGACUACUACAGAGUGAGCGAGCAGCUCCCAGUCAGGUUCAACAACCCGGGGUGGUUUCAUGGCUACAGGACCAACGAGGCCGUCUCCAUGUACAGGACCAGUAACCAGACCUAUGGGAGCAGAGCACCCACAGUGCAUGAGAUGCCGAAAGUGUAUUACCCAUCUUCAAAUAAGUUUUCCAGACAAGUUGCAGCUACGGGAAUGUUCCAGAGUAAUACUUUGAAUGUCGGCUUGGAGAAGAGCAUAGUGACGGGUCCUGACAAUUACAUUACUCACUGUGACCGCCUGAACUUUCACCCCAGCUACAAUGUCAACAGGCCAUCCAUCUGCGACUAAGGGAGCUGGAUGCCAGUCCCCGUGGAGGGUCUCCUGACUCAGUGUGGCUGUAGGGAGCAUUGCUGCCCCAUCCUUGACAAGGGCCCGGUCUACAGGCACGGAUCUCACAGCUUUCUCAGAAAAGACUUAUCCUUCCCGGAGGAGAGGAUACGCGAAUAGGGCCAUAAUGUCUUUCGCUCUGUAUUUUACACAGGGAAGAUGCUGAUGGCUGGGUUUUCUAUUAAAAAAGUUGUCACA